GUCUACACAUCCUGUUCCUUGUGUCUACGGCAGGGCUUCAGCUCCAGACCUGUCCAGGCUGCUGGCUCUGAGCAAUGUUGCUUCAUCCUACCACCCUGCUGGUCCUCGUGCUGUGCUUGGGACGGACGGUCCACACGGAGGAAGCACACAGGCUGAAACCCUCCAUCUUGGCUGAGCCAGGCCUCACGAUCCCCCUGGGGAAGUCUGUGACCUUUGUGUGCAAGAGCCCUUCGGCAUUUGAGCUAUUCCGUCUGGAGAAGGGAAAUGAUGAAAUCAAGAAUAAGGCAAACAAUCAGUCUUCUGAAAGAGAGGCCCGGUUCCUGCUUGAGGCAGUCAGCAAAGAUGCUGCUGGACAUUAUCACUGCAUCUAUUACACAGGGACCUCCUGGUCUGAACGCAGUGAGACCGUGGAGCUGAAGGUGACCAGUGAAGACGUUACCCAGGCCCCUGCCCCAGGCUCAGGAGGGACUUCAGAGGCAUCUGGACCGAAGACAGCUCACAUUUAUAUUCCCAUUGGGCUCUCUGUAGUUGUCAUCCUUUGCCUCUUCUUGCUCCUCUUCUGCCUCUACAGGCACCAUCAGAAAAAGCAGGAGCUCCUAAGCAGCAAGGACCAACCACAGAGGCCUCAGGAGAGGCCUAGCCCAGCUGUUAAUGGUAUGGAGAGGACACCAGACGUAACCAAAGCCGACAGACUUCCUGAGGACAGAGGGACAGAAGCUUUGACCCCAGCUGUAGGGAGCCCUCAGGAGGUGACAUAUGCUCAGUUGGACCAUGGAGCCCUCACACAACGGGAAGUUAGAGCUGUGUCCCUACAGUGUACAGAGACCAUGUCCGAGUCCAGCGCCUAUGCAACCAUCAUCAUACACUGAGCCUGGCAUACCUGGCCCUCUACCUGAAGGCACAUGAGAUCACUCUGGGAAAAGCCUGAAGAAGCCAUUUGAGGUUUCCUCUUGGAAUCAUCUAGGCAUGAAAAACCAGUAAAUCAACUCUGCUGGAGACAAGGACUGGAGCCUGGACAUUUCUAUUCCACAUCUAGGAGAUGUGCUGAACAGGUGGUACCUUGCUGAGUGACCAGUCCUUGGAGAAGCUGUUACAGUGGCUGCCAGAGACCCAAGUACAGCCUCCUAGCUGUUUUCAGAAACAAGAUACAGCCCCUAGAUGCACCCACAGAUCCAGUAACAACCUCCUAGCUGAUUACAGAGACCCAGUUACAGCUCUUCCCUUGACUGAUUCCGGAGGCCUAACUGUAGUUUCCCAGGCUGUUUCCGGUGACUCACAGUCCCCCCCAACCCCGGUUGUUUCUACAGACACAUCCACAGUCGCCCAGAUUAUUUCAUGAAUAAUACUCAGUUGUCCAGCAGUCCCUAGACCUUACUUGUGUGACAAAACCAGUGGAUCCUGAAGAUGUCCCCAGACUCCCCCGCUGUCUCUGUGCCUGGCUGUGGUCACACAGCUGAGUGUGGAGCCCCUUCUCCAGGUUGGGCCUCAUGUGAUACAUCAUGGAUAUUUUUGGAGAGCAUCUACAGCCCUGUGUGGGUUCCUGGACACACAGACUCUGGGGACCCGGACUUCAGCUGCUCAGAAAUGAGUGGGGGAAAUGAGGGGUAUAAAGGAGUGCUGAUGCUUCCCA